UUAGGACCUUUAUCUUCAGCCCCAGCUGUGCUAGGUGCUUAGGUCAACACAGAGAGAAGCAAUUUUAAUUAAUAGGAAAAAGAACGCAACCAAUCCAAAGCCUCGGGUGUGGGAAACUCAUGGCCACGUGACCUAGAGCAAACUAAGAGGACAGCCCUAGGAUGUGAGUGUGCGUUUCGGUGGGAGACGAAGGCAGACCCAGUAAAGGGCAAGGAGGGCUUCAAAGCCGAUACUGGAACAGAAAGGGCAGCCUACGGCUGUGGAGAAACGGGCCACGCUACCACGACCCCGAGGCUCCGCGGGCAGCGCGCCCCCAGACGCGGGUACUACGCAUGCUCCGCCGGCGCACCGUGCCGCCGCCGCGCUCGACUGUGGGCCGCGGUGGGACCCGUAGCCGCCCGGCCGUGCGCGCACUGGCGGCGUGACCCGGAAGGGAGCCGCGGAGGAGGCGGGGCCAGCACUGCGGGACCGGCGCCGGGCCCCAGCGAGGGCCGAGCCGGGAGGUGGGAGUGCCUCUGUCUCUCUCCUGUGUGUCCCAGGAAGUCAGGAUGGUGGGAGAACGGCGCACUGGGGACCUCACGGUGCCCUUGGGGCCCCGGCUGCAGGCAUAUCCCGAAGAGCUCCUUCGACAGCGGCCUGGACAGGAUGGGCAUCCUGAAUACCUGAUCCGAUGGAGUGUCCUGAAGUGUGGGGAAGUGGGCAGAGCAGGCGUGGAGGAGGGCAAGGCCGAGCACAUCCUUAUGUGGCUGUCGGCCCCCGAGGUCUACGCCAGCUGCCCCACACUGUUAGGGGAGCGGGCGUUAUCCAAGGGACCUCAGCACGAGAAAGCUGGGGGUCCAGCAAGCUUCCCCCGAGACCCAGGCAGUCUGGACGAUGUGGCCAUGGGAGAGAUGGAGGCGGACGUGCGGGCACUGGUGCGCAGGGCUGCCCGGCAGCUGGCAGAAGGUGGGACCUCAAGCCUCACGGCCGCUGUGCUCCACACCAUCCACGUGCUCAGCGCCUAUGCCAGCAUCGGGCCCCUCACCGGUGUCUUCAGGGAGACGGGCGCCCUGGACCUACUCAUGCACAUGCUGUGCAACCCUGAGCCUCAGAUCCGUCGGAGUGCCGGCAAGAUGCUGCAGGCCCUGGCAGCCCACGAUGCUGGGAGUCGGGCUCACGUCCUUCUGUCACUGAGCCAACAAGACGGCAUCGAGCAGCACAUGGAUUUUGACAGCCGCUAUACUUUGCUGGAACUGUUCGCAGAGACCACGUCUUCCGAGGAGCAUUGCAUGGCCUUUGAGGGCAUUCACCUGCCUCAGAUCCCAGGAAAACUGCUCUUCUCCCUGGUGAAACGCUACCUGUGUGUCACUUCCCUGCUGGAUCAGCUGAAUAACAGUCCAGAGCACGGGGCCGGAGAUCGAGGCUCCCCAACCUCGAGGGAGGAUUUGGGCCGGGAGAAGAGCCGGGGGCAGCGGGAGCUGGAGUUCAGUAUGGCUGUGGGCAACCUUAUCUCGGAGCUGGUGCGGAGCAUGGGCUGGGCCCGGAACCUCAGCCAACAGGGCACGUUGCCACCCCGGCCGACCCGGUCCAUCUUUCAGCCCAGCAUUUCAGGCCCCAGCCUUUUACUCCCCACCAUCGUUGCGACCCCCAGGAGGCAAGGGCGGGCCUUCCGCCAGCGCGCUGAAUUCUCCAGCCUUAGUGGCUACGGUGAGUAUGUGCAGCAGACCCUGCAGCCGGGCAUGCGAGUGCGGAUGCUGGAUGACUACGAGGAGAUCAGCGCGGGCGACGAGGGCGAAUUCCGGCAGAGCAACAAUGGCGUGCCCCCUGUGCAGGUCUUCUGGCAGUCGACGGGCCGCACGUACUGGGUGCACUGGCACAUGCUGGAGAUCCUGGGUCCUGAGGAGACUGCUGAGGACACGGCUUCAGCGGCUGCGGAGGAGGGGGCGGGGGCUGCUGUGCCGGGCACAGCACUCCCCUCCUGGGACUGGAAGCCAGUGGACGGGCUCUCCUCUUUGCCAUACCUCCAGCCCGAGCCUCAGAAGAAUGAGAAACUGGGCUACCUGACCCAGGCUGAGUGGUGGGAGCUGCUCUUCUUCAUCAGGAAGUUGGACAUAUGUGAGCAGCAGUCAAUUUACCAGAGUCUUCGGGAGAACCUGGAUGAGAGCCUAGGUGAGAAGGCCCUGGGUGAAAUCUCUGUGCCCGUGGCCAUGGCAGAGAGUCUGCUGCAGGUUCUCAGGAAUCGGUUUGAGGGCAGCACCCUCAGCGACCUGCUCAACUCCCAGAUCUACACCAAGUACGGGCUGCAGCCCGACGCUCUGAGUGGCUCGUCGUCCUCACAAAAUCACUCCAGUACCCCGGAUCCUGAAGAGGAGUCAAAGUCAGAGGCCACCUUCUCAGAGGAGGAGACCGAGUCCCCCAAAGUGAAGGCUGAGCCCCUCAAGGCAGAGGCAGAGCCGGUCAAGGGAAAAACCGAGCUGCCCAUGGCACAGAGCGAUUCGCAGCUGUUCAACCAGCUUCUGGUGACUGAGGGGAUGGCUCUCCCUCCUGGGAUGAAGGAGGCAGCCAGUGAAAUGAUUAGAGCCUUGCGGGGUCCUGGGCCACGCAGCUCCCUGGACCAGUACGUGGCAGCAGUCGUGGCCACUGUGCAGAUCUCCAGCUUGGACACCAGUCUGCAGCUCUCAGCACUCUGCGCUCUCUCCCAGGCCGUGGAGGAGGUCACGGAGCAAGACCACCCUCUGGUCCGUCCCGACAGAUUCCUGAGGGAGAAGCUGGUGAAGACGCUGGUGGAGCUGCUGACCAACCAGGUGGGAGAGAAGAUGGUGGUGGUGCUGGCUCUGCGGCUUCUUUACCUGCUCAUGACCAAGCACGAGUGGCGCCCGCUCUUUGCCAGGGAAGGCGGCAUCUACGCCGUGCUGGUCUGCAUGCAAGAAUACAAGACCUCCGUCCUGGUGCAGCAGGCGGGGCUGGCAGCGCUGAAGAUGCUGGCCAUUGCCAGCUCCUCAGAGAUCCCCACAUCUGUCAUCAGCCAAGAUUCCGUCCAUCCUUUGUUUGACGCCCAGAUGACCAGGGAGAUCUUUGCCAGCAUUGACUCAGCCACCCGCCCGGACUCCGAGAGCCUGCUCCUCACUCUCCCUGCUGCUGUGAUCCUGAUGCUGAACACAGAGGGGUGCUCCUCCGCGGUGAGAAACGGCCUCCUCCUGCUCAACCUGCUUUUAUGCAAUCACCACACGCUGGGAGACCAGAUCAUCACCCGCGAGCUGAGAGACACCUUGUUUAGACACUCGGGCAUAGCACCAGGGACAGAACCCAUGCCUACCACCCGGACCAUCCUCAUGAUGCUUCUGAAUCGCUACUCGAAGCCGCCGGGCAGCCCCGAGCACUCAGCAGCGCCAGAGACCCCCAGCACCCAGGGCCAGGAGGGGUCCCCUGAGCUGCUGAUCCGAUCCCUGGUGGGGGGCCCGUCUGCGGAACUCCUCCUGGACUUGGAGCGCGUGCUAUGCCGAGAGGGUGGCCCGGGGGGCGCCGUGAGGCCCCUCCUCAAGCGCCUCCAGCAGGAGAGCCAGCCCUUCCUCCUGUUCCUGUGGACUCUGGACGCCCCCGGGCCCAAUAAAACCCUGCUGCUGACGGCGCUGAGGGUCAUGACCCAGCUGCUGGAUCACACUGAGGCCAUGGUCCUCCCCUGGCACGAGGUCUUGGAGCCCUGCCUCAACUGUCUGAAUGGCCCCGGCAGUGACUCUGAGAUCGUUCAGGAGCUACUGUGCUUCCUGUAUCGCCUGGCCUCCAUGCACAAGGACUACGCAGUGGUGCUCUGCUGCCUGGGAGCCAAAGACGCCCUCACCAAGGUGCUGGAGAAGCACUCGGCUCAGCUGCUGCUGGCCUGUGAGCUGCGGGACCUGGUGACAGAAUGUGAGAAGCACGCCCAGCUCUACAGUAACCUUACCUCCAGCAUCCUGGCGGGCUGCAUUCAGAUGGUGCUGGGCCAGAUUGAAGACCACAGACGAACCCACCGCCCCAUCAACAUCCCCUUCUUCGACGUGUUCCUCAGGCAUCUCUGCCAGGGCUCCAGCGUGGAGGUGAAGGAGGACAAAUGCUGGGAGAAGCUGGAGGUGUCGUCCAACUCGCACCGGGCCAGCAAGCUGACGGACCGCAACCCCAAGACCUACUGGGAGUCCAACGGCAGCACCGGCUCCCACUUCAUCACCCUCCACAUGCACCGCGGUGUUCUUGUGAGGCAGCUGACUCUUCUGGUGGCCAGUGAGGACUCGAGUUACAUGCCAGCCCGGGUGGUGGUGUUUGGGGGUGACAGCGCCAGCUGCAUCAACACGGAGCUCAAUACGGUGAAUGUGAUGCCCUCCGCCAGCCGGGUGGUCCUCCUGGAGAACCUGAGCCGCGUCUGGCCCAUCAUCCAGAUCCGCAUAAAGCGUUGCCAGCAGGGCGGCAUUGACACCCGGGUCCGGGGUGUGGAGGUCCUUGGCCCCAAGCCCACUUUCUGGCCGCUGUUCCGAGAGCAGCUGUGUCGCCGUACGUGUCUCUUCUACACCAUUCGGGCCCAAGCCUGGAGCCGGGACAUUGCGGAGGACCGCAAGCGCCUCCUCCAGCUCUGUCCCAGACUGAACAGGGUUUUGCGUCACGAGCAGAAUUUUGCAGAUCGCUUCCUCCCUGAUGAAGAGGCCGCCCAGGCGCUGGGCAAGACCUGCUGGGAGGCCCUGGUCAGCCCCCUGGUGCAGAACAUCACCUGCCCGGAUGCGGAAGGUGUGAGCUCCCUGGGGUGGCUGCUGGAUCAGUACUUGGAGCAGAGGGAGAGCUCUCGGAACCCCCGUGGUCGAGCCGCGUCCUUUGCCUCCCGUGUGCGUCGCCUCUGCCACUUGCUGGUACACGUGGAGCCUCCUCCCGGACCUUCUCCUGAGCCCUCCGCCCGGCCCCCCAGCAAGAGCAGUAAGGCUCGGGACCGGAGCCCUGGGCCUCCCCCCGCCCUUCCCAGCAGCAGCCUGAGGAACAUGACGCAGUGCUGGCUGAGUGUGGUGCAGGAGCAGGUCAGCACGUUCCUGGCUGCGGCCUGGAGGGCCCCGGACUUCGUGCCCCGCUACUGUAAACUCUACGAGCGCUUGCAGAGGGCAGGCUUGGAGCUCUUCGGGCCCCGGGCGGCCUUCACGCUGGCCCUGCGCAGCGGCUUCUCUGGCGCCUUGCUGCAGCAGUCUUUUCUCACCGCUGCCCACAUGAGUGAGCAGUUCGCCCGGCACAUUGACCAGCAGAUCCAGAGUGGCCUGAUGGGUGGAACCCCUGGAGUGGAAGUGCUGGGGCGGCUCCAGUGGCACCUGGAGCCCAUCAUGGUCCUCUCUGGCCUGGAGCUCGCCACGACUUUUGAGCACUUCUACCAGCACUACAUGGCGGACCGUCUCCUGAGCUUGGGCUCGAGCUGGCUGGAGGGGGCCGUGUUGGAGCAGAUCGGCCUUUGUUUCCCCAACCGCCUCCCCCAGCAGAUGUUGCGGAGCCUGAGCACCUCGGAGGAGCUGCAGCGCCAGUUCCACGUGUACCAGCUCCAGCAGCUGGACAAGCUGUUCUUGGAGCAGGAGAACGAGGAGGAACAGGGCCUGGAAGAAGAGGCGGAGGAAGAGGAGGCCGAGAAGGAGCUCUUUAUCGAAGAUUCAAGUCCAACAGUCUCUGUACUGGUCCUGUCACCACGCUGCUGGCCGGUCUCCCCUCUCUGCUACCUGUACCAUCCCAGAAAGUGCCUUCCCACAGAAUUCUGUGAUGCCCUUGACCGCUUCUCCAGUUUCUACAACCAGAGUCAGAACCAUCCGGUCUUGGACGUGGGGCCACACCGGCGACUGCAGUGGACGUGGCUGGGCCGGGCGGAGCUGCAGUUCGGGGACCAGACGCUGCAUGUGUCCACCGUGCAGAUGUGGCUGCUGCUGCAUUUCAAUCGGACGGAGGAGGUGUCAGUAGAGGUUUUGCUGAAGAAUUCUGGCCUCAGCCCCGAGCUGCUGCUCCAGGCCCUCCUGCCCCUCACCUCAGACAGCGGCCCUUUGACCCUGCAGGAGGGCCAGGACUUCCCACCUAGGGGUGUGCUGCGUCUCCGGGAGCCUGGGCUCCGGCCCCGUGGGGAGGCCCUGUGGCUGCUGCCUCCCCAGACAUACCUGAACGUGGAGAAGGAUGAAGGCCGGACCCUGGAACAAAAGAGGAACCUCCUGAGCUGUCUUCUUGUCCGUAUUCUCAAAGCCCACGGGGAGAAGGGCCUCCACAUUGACCAGCUGGUUUGUCUGGUUCUGGAGGCCUGGCACAAGGGUCCAAAUCCUCCUGGAAGCCUGGGCCGCGCCAUUGCUGGGGGUGUGGCCUGUACCAGCACGGAUGUCCUCUCUUGCAUUCUUCACCUCCUGGGCCAGGGCUAUGUGGAACGGCGGGAUGACUGGCCCCAGAUCCUCACGUACGCCACCCCGGAGCCCUCAGGGCCUUGCCGGGGCCAGGCAGAGAUCCCCUUCUUUGGCAGCCAGACCUCUGAGACCUCCAAGAUAAGCCCAGAAGCCGUGGCUGCCCUGGCUUCCCUCCAGCUGCCCGCGGGCCGCACCAUGAGCCCCCAGGAGGUGGAAGGGUUGAUGGAGCAGACGGUGCGGCAGGUGCAGGAGACGUUGAACCUGGAGCCCGACGUGGCACAGCACCUCCUGGCUCAUUCCCACUGGGGCGCCGAGCAGCUGCUGCAGAGCUACAGCGAUGACCCUGAGCCGCUGCUGCUGGCAGCCGGGCUGCGCGUGCCGCGGGCCCAGGCCGCCCCCGCACGCCCCGACCACUGCCCCGUGUGUGUCAGCCCCCUGGCGCCCGAGCGCGACCUGCCCGCCCUCUGCUGCCAGCACUUCUGCUGUAAGCUUGUAGGACCAGAGCCCACACCCAUCCACUUAGCAGGAUGAGCGCCCUUGUUGCCAUGAAUUCUAGCCGCCUCUCUCAGCAGCGCCGCCCCAGUGGUGCGUGACCUGGGCCGUGUGCGUUUGCAUGCGUGUGUACUUGUACUUUUUCUCCUUCCCUUUUGCUCAGCUUCAAGUUACUCUUCUCACAUAGUUGCCUCUGCCCCCUGUUCCCAGGUUCUUAAUGAUUCCCUUUCCGCUUCCACUUUUUUGUUCAACUAAUGUUUGUUAUGGACCUCCUGUGUGCACAGCGCUGGGUGCUGCGUGAGGGAGUGGGGAGACGCAGGCAGACAAGGACCCGAGCGCUAAUAAUAACCACAGCUAAUAUUUAUGGGGGCCUCAUUCUGGGCCACUGUGCUGUUUUACAAACAUUGUCUCGUUUAAUUCCUGGAAUAGUUCUGUGAAGAAGGUGAGCACAGUGGUGGGACAGCGGAAGGAGAGAUUUGGGAGGCGGACGGGGGCCUAGUUGAGUUGGGUUGGCAGACAGGGACCUUUAUGGGAAGCCCUGGGGGGUUUUGAGCAGAGAUGCAAUAAGAUCUGAUUUCCAGUUUUGAAAAGAUCACUUGGUGUGGAGAAAAGGCUUGGGCAGAACAAGAGUGGAAGUAGGGACACUGGUUCAGAGACUUGUACAAAGAGGCAAGAGGUGCUGGCCGCUGAGCCUAGGGACGGUGAAGGGGUAGACAGAUCGGGACACAUGUGGGGUAGAGCUGACAGGGUUGUGGCUGAGGACAAGGGCAUCAAGACAGCUCCUGGGGUUUUGACCUGAGCAUCUGGCAGGAGGAGUUGGGGGAAAUGUUAGGCCUGGGGUUGGGGUGCAGGGCAGAUUUUUGAGGGGAAAUUCCAUCCGUUUUGGCCAAGUAAAGUUUGAGCUGCUUUGUUGGGCACCUGUGUGGGACUAACAGGCAGACAGUGGAUUUUUCAAUUUGGAAAUAAGUGCAGAAGCCUGGCUGGCAUCACCCAGGGGGAGAGGAGCAGGCCCAAGGCACUGAGCACGGGGCACCCCGACCCUGUAGAGACAAGAGACAGGGAGCCGGGAAAUGGGACUCAGCAAAGCAGACUGAAUCCGUCCCAGCAGAGGAGCCAGGGGCAGAGUGCAGGAGCCACUGACAGAGGAAACCUUGGGGCCUGGAGCAGUGGGAGACAGCUUCCCAGGGUGAGGCUUGAGUGAGUGGCCGAGGGCAGGAGGGGAGUCCAGGCGGGAGAUGGCAUUCCCUCUGGCUGGGCAGUGGGGACAGUGGAGGCCAAGGGUAAGCCCCAAGCAGAGACGCUCCUUGCGGGCAUGGAGCAGGUUCCAAACUGAGACCUGGCCAUUGUCCUGCAGGGCAGUGCUCCCACCCCACAGCUAUCGGCCCGGGGGCCUGUGUGCCUGCCCUCGACCUGGGGGGUCUGAAUGUGGAAAAGGAUUUUGCAUUCUAUUUCCCAGCUUAUCUGGGCUUGUUUUACUAUAAGAAGGGGUUGGUUUUGUCUAGUACUUGAGUGAAAAUAGUUCAGUAAAGCACUUAUUUAUCAUGGAGAGUCCUCAUGGAACUACCUGGGGACUCUCCUGGGGUUUGGAUCCAUCAUUUGGGGAAGCUCCGGGGUAGGCAGUGUGAGGGAGAGGGUCCUUAAUGGAGUCUUUUGGAGGCUCAGGUGCUCAUGAGGUAGUUGGUGUCUUCUGGAGGGAUGAGGGAAGGAACAAUCAAGAGGGGAGGGGAUGA